UCUUUUUGAACCUGUCCCUCGUAAAAGAGUUCAAUGUGUACAGAAACUGUCAGCCAGUGCUCUUUCAAGUGAUCUCACGACGAACGCUUUGGAAUAUUUACUCUUAUCUGUUUUAAUGGCCCCUUCACGCAUUAAUACUCCAUUCAAAGUGUGGUUUCAAAUCUUCCAGAGUGGCCGUCACACCCUGUAACGAGCGGUUCAGAAUAAGCGAAUCAUUCACCGCUCGCUCACUCAAACUGUUGCAGCUGCCCGGAAAGCUAGUUUCAGACAACUGGCUAGCCGUAGCCAAGGGAAUAGCAGGGACUCGCGACUAACUAAUGUAUUUAGCUACAGUAUUUAUAAAAUUAACAGGAUCCCAUCCAGAUCAUAAGCAGCAAGUGAAGGAACAUUUACCAGAACUGGCAGAUUAGAAAUGGAAGGAGAUGAUUGCAGUUUUCCUCCAGAUUCAUCGGAUGAUCACUCGCAGAGAGGAAGUGUCGCUUCGUCUGCAACACUUUCCCGUGCUCAAGAUGUGCUUAUAUAUGUGUUUGGUGACAGCGCAGUACACUUAUCGGUAGAAGGACUUGGCAGCGUCACUGUGCAGGAGUUGGGCCGCAGUGUUCGUGAGGCUCUCCAUAUUCCUGAGUUUGCACAGGAGGCUUUUGCCUUCUGGCUCUGUUCCCCACUGCUCGAUUUGCAGUUAAAGGCAAGGCAUCAACCAUACAAACUGUGUCGGCAGUGGCAGGACUUGUUGUAUCGCUUCACUUUGGCCUCAGAGGAAGACAUCUCGCAAGAUGAACCAUAUCUCCAGUUCCGUCGGAACGUGUUUUAUCCUAAAUCUAAAGAGCUGCAGAUAAAUGAUGAGGGAGUUUUGAGGCUUCUUUAUGAGGAGGCCAGGAACAACAUUCUCUCGGGUCGAUACCCCUGCGAUCCCGAGCACUGGAUGGCUCUCGGAGCUUUGUCUCUUGCUCUUGAUGAGGGAACUGGUCUUGACAGCCAGCAAUUUACUACUACUAUAAGAGAGAAGAAGCUGUCUUCGUUUCUGCCUGCACAUGUUACCAUAGGAAGUGGAGGUUUGCUCUCGACUCUGAGAGGGAAGUCGAGCCGUCAGGCAGGACUGGAGCAGAACCUCUUAGAGGCGUACAGAAAGAUCAGCACAUCUGCUGGAAACUCUCCUGAGCCCACACAGCUCCUACACCAGUACCUCAACACAUGUCACACUCUGCCUUAUUAUGGGUGCGCUUUCUUCCUUGGGGAGAUUGACAAACCAGCGCAAGGGAUUCUCCAAAGGGGAAAACGCAAAGCAGUCAACGUUGGGAUCUGCCUGGAGGGAGUUUAUGUGAUGGAUGUCAAAGAGAAGCAUGUGCUGCUUGGCCUGCGUUUCAAUGAGCUUUCCUGGGACCACAGCUACCCCGAGGAGGAGGGGGACUCGCACAUCCUGUGGCUGGAGUUUGAUGGAGAGGAAGACGGCACUCCUGUCAACAAGUUGCUAAAGAUCUACUCCAAACAAGCAGAGCUAAUGAGCGGCUUCAUUGAGUUCUGUGUGGAGUUAAAGUCGGCGUCUGAGGGUGGAGCUGCAGCCGACGUGGACGGUGAGGUCAGUCUGUCUCAGCAGUCUGCCGGGCAAGAUGGCAGGAACAAGAACGGACGCGGGGGGCGGCGCGGGAUGCUGCAAAGGCAAAGCAGUGUUGUGUGCAGCCGGGUCCAUUCACUUAACACUAUCAGCUACGUGGACAAUGGAAAAGAAAUCAAACGCUUGAAGCCGAAAAGAGCUGCAUCCUUUUUCACCCGACAGGCGUCUGCACCCACGUACUCUGCUGUGCAAGUGGCCGAGGGUCUGGAGCAGGGUUAAACUCCCUGAUCAGCUCUGUUCCAAUGCCUCUCAGAGACCAAACCUGAACAUUUUACACUGAGAUUUAAAGAAAAGACAUUUAACUGAAAAUAUAUGAACAUGCAAAGGACCAAGCGAGGGAUUUAAGUGUGAGUGACAAUAUUUAUCUUUUGAAGUUGUGUAUAUUAAGAGAGGACAGUAAUGUGAAAAACAAAAUCUAAUAACAGUGAUGCUUCCAAGGUUAAACUGAAGUGGCUAUUCAUUAGAUGGCCUUACAUAAAGAAAAUAUGGCGUUCUCUGAGCACCCAAUGAUGGACCUCCUUCAUGAGUCUGAGACGAGCCUUAGAGAAACCCUCCAAUCAAUGACUGUAUGAUAUCUCAAGACUUUUUUUACCUUUCUGCAGCACUCUGGAGCUGUGUUGUUAAAAUGGUUAAGCCUCAUCGGAUUAUAACCACUGCAUUACCUCUUUUUACUUUAACUCUUAUUGCAUUGCAAUAUAACCCCAUAUAACAUUAAACAUUUUGUAACUCUUCCUCAAAACUGUUAAGAGUUACCACCAUGACUUUACAGUCAGCAUGACAAAAACAUUCAGGGGACGAUCUAAGGGCAUGUUCCCACUAUUGCUUUUUCUAACAGCCAGUGCCUUGUUCUCAUGAAAGGGUAAAGACACUUUAGAAAAGUACCGGUAGAAACGUUUAGUGGUUGGUGUUACUGAUCAUAAUGGGAUGGGAGCACAUUUUCUGUGUUGUGGAAGUUUCUUGUAAGUACCAGAAUUUGACAUGAUUAAUAUUUGCUGGUUUUCGUGGAAAGAAAGCGCAAGUGGCACAUCUCCACUUUCUGAUUUUUAUUUGUCUGAUGUCAGCUAAAAAAAAGACAAAAAUCAUGUGAAUUUAGUCUAAACAUGUAAAGCAUUUUUACAGCAUCCAGCUGUAGAAGCUAAAGUUACACACACAGAAGUGCUGGUUGGGGAGCUUGAAUUGGUUUAUGCCAGUAAAAUAAUCUAAUUUGAGUCAAAACCAUCCAAACCACUAAGUUAGUAAGAAAAAGGCUAAAUAAAUCUAAUAAAAGCCUCCUAAGAAAUGAAUGCACCGUACCACGCUGUUGUUCCUGCUACCGAAUGGUCUUCAGUUAUGGUCUAGUUUGCAUGUCACAAGUUUAACUUUCAAAUCGGCACCGUCCGUAUGAUUUACAUCCGUGCACAGGUCUUGACUUGACUAUUACUUGCUUUGUCAGACCUGAUUAGCAAAGGAAAACUGAUGCAAUGCUGUACUUGUGCAACCUCUGACACAAGAGAGACUAAAAUAAAAUAAACCUUCCUGUUUAGCCGUUGUCAGCACUACGUUAACCUACUGACUCAUAAAUGACUGACAAACUCAAAGUUUUGCUUAGCCAUAUGAAAGGAUUUUUUUGCAAACACGGUCAUAGCUGGCAUUAGUUGAAAGAAGACGGAAGACACUAUAUUUGUACAAAAGUGUCGUUGAAGCCUGUUUGCAGCUUUGUGACUGUGCAUUUUUGAACACUCUGUUUAAUGGGUUUAUUAUGGGUUAUUUAGUUUAAAAAUAGGACAAUUUUCUUAACCCAUAAAGGAACAUUAAAUGCUUUAGUGUAUCUGAAAAAUUGGUUUUCACAUGUUUCUCAAAAUGUGCUCUGUGCAUAUUGCACACACCAAUUGACCAAGACCUUUGGGACUCUACUGUUGAAAUCUCAGUCUGUACACCAAAGCAAGCCUAUCGAACAUGCUGCGAAACAGUAUGCUACCUUAAUGUUCCAGAGACGGACUCCAGUCUCCACCAGGUGUGUCUCUGACCUUCACCCUAAUGCUGAUACAGGCAGUUCCUGUCUUUGCCGAACAUUUAACAAGCUCACCUCACUAACGAGAGCCAUGAGCGAAGGUGUUCAUCUUCAUUAUGAUACUGCCUUCCACUUGAACUUAAAUGUCCAAAUUUGAGCUGCUGAGCAUGCAAACUGCAGAAUGUUUUCACUUUUCUAUGCUUUGACUUGUAUGUCAGCUACUGUCUGUAAACUCACUGCAGCAGUCCGAUAUAUUGUUGCUAACUUACACUAUGCAUGUCACAUUGUAGAAUAGGCAUUCCGACAAACGACGCAUCAUGUGAUACUGCACUAUUGAUACUAAUAUGCUGUUCUAUAUAAAUAUUUUUUAUUGUUUGUUAGAUUUUAUGAGAAAAUCUUUUUACUUUCAUUUUCAUAAACUUUCUACACAUGAGUGAAAUGAAGAAGUAGGUAAUUUUAAGCAUUAUCUUAUCAAACAAUCACUUUGCAGAAGCAUUAAGUGCCUUUUUGUUUGUACUGAGUUGGCAUCUGAAUGAGUGUUGUGGUGCUUGGAAACCAGGAUUUGACAUUUGUUUUGUUAUUGCUAUGGUUUAGAUAUUGAAUUGUGUUUUGUAAAAUAUUUCCUACAUUUUCAACUAGACAAUGCAUUUCACCUUUCCUAGCUUAUGUGAGUGUAUUGAUAUACUGGAUAGCUACACAGAGCUGCUACUGAACGGUGUAUUGUGGUUACCCUCAGUGGAGUGGUCAAUUCUGCCUUCAUUAAAUAUGUCUGACAUGCUUUUUUAAAUAAACACAUGCAAAGCUG